UUUUCCAAUCUUGAUGGUUUUCUUUCUCCCCAAGCACAGAACCGCUGUUUUUUCCGAUACUUUCCUCUCAUAAACCCUUCCCCAACACUCUCUCUCUCUGUUCCUAGAACCUUACCUCUUUUUCUUGUUUCCCAUUUUGCCCUUUCCUCUGAUUCAUCUUCAUCCUCCGGCCAUGUUCUCUAGGGUUUUGUCACGCGUGCCCAGGCGCGUCGUCUCACGCGGCUCCUUUCUCGCCCUCUCCUCUGUUCCUCAAAAGCAACAGGCUCCGAUCCUCUGCAACCAGCUCCACUCCCUCGUUCGUGCAUCCCCCAACGUGUCAGUUCCAGGUCAGGUGGCUUUCUUACAUCAUUCAGCAACCUGCUCCAUCUUCCAAAGAUUUGGAGUUUCUUCAUCUGCCUCCCCUGAGCCUACUGACAAGGAAAAUGGGAGUACUGUAGAUAAUAACGGUGCUCCUACUACUAGUGGAGAUGCUAAACUUGCCGAUCAAGCUGAAGAUUCAGGUCCUGGACAGAGAAAAGCUGCUGGGGCAAAAGAAUCAGGUCAAUCCCAGUCUACAAUGUCUGGAUCUGUCAAAAGACAGAGAAAAGUUACUAAACGAACUGCAUUUUCUGAUUCAGAUUCAGAGAGCAAGGGUGAGCUGUCCAUGGAUGAUUUGGUUAAACUAGUGACAGAGAAGGAAGAACUUUUGAUGUUGAAGCACCAAGAGAUUGAGAAAAUGCAAGAUAAAGUUCUCCGUACUUAUGCAGAAAUGGAGAAUGUCAUGGACAGGACAAGACGCGAAGCAGAGAUCACAAAAAAAUUUGCCAUACAGAAUUUUGCAAAGAGCUUACUGGAUGUUGCAGACAACUUGGGAAGAGCUUCUUCAGUUGUCAAAGAGAGUUUUGCAAAAAUUGACACAUCCGAAGAUCCAUCUGGAGCUGUGCCUCUCUUAAAAGCACUUCUAGAAGGUGUUGAAAUGACCGAGAAACAACUUGUGGAGGUAUUUAAAAAAUUUGGAUUAGAAAAAUUUGAUCCUACAAAUGAGCCAUUUGAUCCAAAUAGUCAUAAUGCAGUUUUCCAAAUGCCAGAUGCUUCCAAGCCACCAGGCACUGUUGCUGUAGUUCUUAAGUCAGGGUACAUGCUUUAUGAUCGAGUUAUUCGGCCAGCUGAAGUUGGUGUGACUCAAGCAGUGGAGAAUGAUGCAACUGAGGAUUAGUGCAGCUUACAAGGGCUCUCAGGCUUGAAGAAAUUACUCGGUGGAGUUUUUACUGCAUAUCAUCAAAAAUUUUGUGCAUGUUUGAGAGAAGGAUUAAAUAUAAUGUUGUUUUGUUUGAUUAGUUCUAGCAACUGUUUUGAGCACAACAUAUAGGACUGAUUAUUUUUUUCUUCCAGCGUAAUUUAUCCUUGUUAGCUAUAAUUUUGUCAAAAAA